AUGGAGGCCGCGUGGACGAGGGCGGAAAGGUGGCCGCCGAUGGAGGCGGUGACAUGUCAGCCGGGCGGCGGACGCGGAGGUCGAGGCGGCGGGGAGGCCGUGGGAGACGGUCCCGGAGACGAGCGCCCUGGUCCGCCUUCGAGCUUCGAUCUCUCAGCAUCAAAUGGCUUCCAGCAUCGCACGCCGUCGGGAUCUUCGAGUCUGGCGACGAUCGAGGCGUUGGGGAUCGAGAUCAGGCGCGCACCGCGAGAACGGAGGAGUUGGCGUGGCGGAGACCGCGUCCCGCGUGCGCUGGCGCCGUCGUCGGCGAAGGCGAUGCGGCACCGCCCGCGUCCUGGGUUUGGGACGGUGGGGAGUGAGGUGAUCGUGCGAGCAAAUCACUUUCUCGUCGAGGUCGCGAACCGCGAUCUUCAUCACUAUGAUGUUGCCAUAACACCAGAAGUGACUUCAAGGGCUGUUUGUAGGAAGAUUAUUAGUGAGCUUGUAAACAUGUACAAGGACUCCCAUCUAGGACGCCUAACACCAGCCUAUGAUGGCAGGAAAUCUCUUUACACUGCUGGAGCUUUGCCCUUCACAUCUCAGCAGUUUAAGAUUAAAUUAGCUGAAAAGGACCGUGGCGACAAGGAAUUUGGUGUUACCAUCAAGUAUGCCGGACGUGCUGAUCUCCAUCAUCUUCAGCAGUUCCUUCAUGGGAGGCAGUUUGAUGCCCCACAAGAAACAAUACAAGUGCUGGACGUUGUUCUUAGGGAGUACCCCUCACAAAAUUAUGUCACAGUAGCGAGAUCUUUUUUCUCGAAGGAGUUAGGGGCAACAAAAGAUAUUGGUGAUGGAUUGGAAUGUUGGAGAGGAUACUAUCAGUCCCUUCGUCCUACGCAGAUGGGGCUCUCCUUGAACAUAGAUAUCGCUGCCACUUCUUUUUACAAGUCUAUUUCAGUUAUAGCCUUUGCUAAGGAGUACCUAAACAUGCGAGAUGCACCGCGUACCUUGACAGAGAAACAGCGUAUUGCUUUGAAAAAAGCCCUUAGGGGAGUUCGAGUUGAAGUCACUCAUAGGAAAGAUUGCCGCAGACGCUACAAGAUUAAUGGUCUAACAAAUGAGCCCUUAGGCCAAUUGAUGUUUCCUGUGGAUGACAAGGGAAACAAAAUGCGAGUGGUGCAGUAUUUUCAGGAGAAGUAUCGCUGCAAACUUGACUAUCUUACAUGGCCUUGCAUACAGUGUGGCAGUGACAGUAGGCCAACGCACCUGCCGAUGGAGGUUUGUAAAAUUGUGGAAGGUCAAAGAUUUUCAAAGAAAUUGAAUGAGAAGCAGGUUACUGAAAUACUAAGAGCAACUUGUCAACGCCCAGACAAAAGAGAGAAGAGUAUAUGGGAGAUGGUCAUGGAGAACAAGUAUGAAGAUGAUAAAUAUGCACAGGAGUUUGGCAUCAAGGUGGCCAAGCAGCUGACCUCUGUUGAAGCGAGAGUCCUUCCACCACCAAUGCUCAAGUACCAUGAUUCUGGAAAAGAGAAGACAUGCAAUCCAAGAGUGGGUGCGUGGAAUAUGAUAAAUAAGAAAAUGGUUAAUGGUGGAAAAAUUGAUAGCUGGGCAUGCGUUAGUUUUUCCCGCAAUCUCCAUCCUGACGCAGUAAACUGGUUUUGCCAAAGUCUGUUUGGUGUUUGUAAUAACAUUGGAAUGUCUAUUGCACGUGACCCAGUAAUCAAAGUCCUCUAUGAACGUGCUAAUAACGUGGAGGGAGCUCUAAGAACUGUGCAUGCUCAAGCUACUACUGCUUUGAGAGGAGGAACCCUACAGUUGCUACUUAUCAUUCUUCCAGAAAUAAGCGGGUCUUAUGGUACAAUCAAGCGUGUUUGUGAAACUGAACUCGGGCUCAUAUCACAAUGUUGCUUACCUAAGCAUGUUCAGGCGUGCAAGCCACAAUAUAUGGAAAAUGUGGCUUUGAAAAUUAAUGUGAAGGCCGGAGGCCGUAAUACUGUUCUGUCAGAUGCUCUUAAUAGGAGGAUGCCUUUUGUAUCCGAUAAACCAACCAUCAUUUUUGGGGCUGAUGUCACACAUCCCCAGCCAGGAGAAGACUCCUCUGCUUCCAUUGCUGCAGUUGUUGCAUCAAUGGAUUGGCCUGAAGUGACAAAGUACAAAGGCCUUAUUUCAUCCCAACCACAUAGGCAAGAGAUAAUAAAAGAUCUUUAUACAACCACACAAGAUUCCCAGAAGGGUAUUAUUUCAGGUGGCAUGAUUAGAGAGCUGCUUAUUUCUUUCAGAAGAGCUACAAAUCAGAAACCCCACAGAAUUAUAUUUUACAGGGACGGUGUCAGUGAAGGACAGUUUAGCCAAGUUCUUCUGUAUGAAAUGGAUGCAAUAAGAAAGGCUUGUCAAUCUCUGGAAGAAGGCUAUCUGCCGCCUGUUACCUUUGUGGUUGUGCAAAAAAGGCACCAUACCCGUUUGUUCCCUGAGAUCCACGGAAGCGACCAAACUGACCGGAGUGGCAAUAUACUACCAGGAACUGUUGUGGACAGGAAAAUCUGUCAUCCCACGGAGUUCGACUUUUUCCUCUGCAGCCAUUCUGGCAUACAGGGUACUAGCAGACCUGCGCAUUAUCAUGUGCUCCUGGAUGAGAACAAGUUCUCUGCCGACGCGCUUCAAGUGCUAACCAAUAGUUUGUGCUACACUUACGCCCGAUGCACCCGUUCAGUAUCAGUCGUUCCGCCAGCUUACUAUGCGCACCUCGCUGCCUUUCGAGCGAGGUACUACGUGGAGGGGGAUUCUGACGUAGGGUCGUCAUCGGUGGGAGGUACACGUGUCAAAAGCGGUGACAUCCGUCCUAUUCCACGCGUCAAGGAUAACGUCAAGGAAGUCAUGUUCUAUUGUUGAAAGAGGGGUUCCGAGUGCGCGUGCUUCUUUUUUUUGUUUUGUUUGUUUCUGUGAAGUUUGUUGACAGUUGAUUUUGUCGGUUUUGUGAUGCGCCUUCGGGGUUUUUGGCAGGCUUAGCUACCUACCUGACUUGUUUACUUGUUUAUUAUUAACCCAUCGCGUUCCCGAGUAUACUCCGGCCGAUUGUGGGUUUAUUUUUUGUUUUUUGUCGAUACUGUGAAGUGUUGACGAGCACAGCGUUCCCAAGUUUGUUGGUUUCUUUUUUUU